AUGCUGCUCAGUGAGCAUAUGGUGUCGACACCACAGAGGCAGACGGCCAUGGACCGCUUGUUGAAUUCGUUGGAAGACCACAGUGCCAACCUCGAACAACAGGCUGCAGAUGAUAAGGAAGGUGCAGCCCCGGUCCCGAAGGUCGCCAGGCUGCUUCGCGACGGUCAAGGGAAGUUCAUGUACAUCGGAGACUCUGCGAGUUUAUCCUUCCUACAGAGUGUGCGCCGCAUUGUCUCUUCCUCAAUUGGCAAUUGCGAGUUUACGGAGGAUACGUCGCGCCAUUCAAUGCUCGAAGCUUUCCAGAGUAGCUUCACUACCCAGACUGGGCCGUUAGUUCCGCCUCCCAGUAAUGAAGAGGCCCAGCGCCUGGCCCGUCAGUAUGUUCUGGCUACAAGUCCCCUGCUGGAUCUGUUUGACCUGAAUGAAUUCCAUCCGCGGCUUGCCAACUGGGUCGAAAACCCCACGGGAGACGAGGACACCGUGAGCUCCAUCUUCUACCUCGUUCUUGCGAUCGGCGCACAAGUAUCGGACACCAACCAGACUUUGGCCGAGCAAUAUUUUGUCAGCGGCCGCCAGCUGGCGUUCUCGGCUUUUACCGAAACCCCCAGCAGCUAUACCAUUCAAUCAUAUGUAUUGAUCUCGAUGUACAUGUUAGGUGCUUGUCGGCGCAACGGAGCCUUUAUGAAUCUUGGAAUUGCAUUAAGGGCCGCCUAUGCUGUUGGGGUUCAUAGAAGAGACGCAAAUGCGCUGUUCUGCACGCGAGAGCGACGGGUUAGGGAACGCGUUUGGAAAAGUCUACGCAUGAUGGACCUCUUCCUAAGUGCCUCCUUGGGUCGCCCUCCUGCCACAUCCGACUUUGACUACGAGUCCCGCGAGGACAAUUUGCCCAUAGGCGAGCAACAGCGUCUCCAGCCUGGGGAGCAACUCUCCUUGACGGUGGUUUCGCUAAGUCGUAUUUUCGAGCGAAUCUUGACCGAGGUUUACAUGAAACAAGUCGUUUCCCUCAAUGUGGCCGACACGAUAUCAAAUCAGCAUCGCGCUUGGGUCCGAAACCUCCCUGCUUUCCUGCAGAUGCAAACGGAGCGACUCGAAACCGACUCCCUCGAGACCACACUGGCCGCGGCCCAUGUCUUCGGCUCCUACUACUGGUCCAUCAUUCUUCUGACUCGGCCGUUCCUUAUUUUCCGGGUAUCGCAGUAUGUGAGAAAUAAGAGCGACUCGGGCAACUUCACCGAAAUCAGAACAAGCAGCUCCCGCAUUGCUCUUUUUGCUGAUGCAUGUGUCUACUCGGCGUUGCGAGGGCUGAACAUUGUUGACGGACUCUCCCGAUACACAUCACUGCCGCGACGACUGCCCUUUCUGAUCAAUUCGGUGUUCAACUCCGCCAUCGUUCUGGGCGCAGCCUUCUUCGCCGACUACGACAACUUGCUUCCUCUUGAAGAAGGCAUGGGCAAGGCGGAACAUUUUCUCGGUCUUUUUGUCCCCCAUGAUCCGCACGCGUGUCGCUUCUACCAGAUCAUAAAAUACCUCCGUGCUGCGGUGGCCGAAUAUGUGCGACGACGCAAUCGCCAAUGGAUGGAGCGCCGCAGCAGACAAGUCGACCAACUCUUCGGCCAAGUCGGGCCAGCACAUGAGACUGGUCCCGUAAAUAAUAGCGACGAUGAUGACGACAACAACGACAACGUUCCAAUCACCCGCCCAAACGAACCUACUGUCCCCUCUCCUUUAUCACCCGAUAAAUUCACCGGCUCUCUCCCAUCCCAACCACCCGACCCGACGGCUGCCGCGACUGCACACCCCGACAACGACAUCUGGGACGCUCUCUGCGGCGGAACCGAAGGCGCCGCUGCCGCUGCUGCCGCCGCCUCCCUUCCCUACGACACGGCCAUCUCAACCCUCACGACCACUGGCAUCCCAAUCGGUUGUUCGCCAGGCGGCACCAUCCCCUCCGGCUCGCACAUGACCGAUCGAUCCGGCCUGGCGGAUGCUCGCGGCCAGACCCCGUUGUCGGACGUCAUGCUCCCGGAUAACGGUCUCCUCUAUAUGGCCGAGGACCUCCCUGUGUUUGGCAUAUGGGAGGAUACUUGA